CUUACUUACCCAUAAAAGCCAGCCAAGAUGGGAAAAGGUGGAGGAGACAAUGUGGUUGUUGCUGUACGAGUUCGUCCAUUCAAUGAUCGAGAAAAAAGCAGAAAAGCUCAGCUCAUCAUCGAGAUGCCAGAUGAACAGAGAACAUGCAUACGAGAUCCGAAUAAUCCGUCAGAUGAGAAAUGGUUCACGUUUGAUCACUCCUACUGGUCACACGAUGGCUAUGAAGAAGGAAAGAAUGGUUAUUUAUCACCGGUGGAUGACAGAUAUGCUGAUCAGAAGCGCGUAUUUGCUGAUCUUGGCAAAGGAGUUCUUGACAAUGCAUGGGCUGGCUAUAACUGUUCAUUAUUCGCAUAUGGCCAAACCGGAAGCGGAAAGAGUUAUUCGAUUGUUGGUUUCAAAGGCAAUAAAGGAAUUGUACCAACGUUCUGCGAAGAAUUGUUCAAGAAAAUCGAAGAAAAGAAAGAGAAAGGGGGCCAGUUUGAGGUGUUCGUCUCGAUGUUUGAGAUCUACUGUGAGAAGAUACGCGAUUUGCUCUCGUCGAAAGAACCGCCAAAAGGUGGUCUAAAACUUCGUGAACAUCCAAAAACGGGAUUUUAUGUGGAGAACCUAUCGAGUUCACCUGUAAAUUCUUACAAAGAAAUUGAAGCAAAAAUGGAGGAGGGGACGAAAAAUCGAACCAUUGCUGCAACGAAUAUGAAUGCAACAAGCAGCAGGGCACACACAAUCGUGAAGCUAAUAUUUGUGCAAAAAUCGCCGAAAUCGGGUGGCGGAACGACAACAAAGAAAUCCGAAAUUAAUUUGGUAGACUUGGCUGGCAGUGAACGCCAGAGAGAUGCAGGAACAGAAGGAGAUCGUAUGAAAGAGGGAAUUGUCAUCAAUCAGUCAUUAUCAACACUUGGGAGAGUGAUCAAAGCUUUGCAUGAACAACAAGGUAGCAAAGGAAAGAAAGUGCAAAUUCCUUAUCGUGAUUCAGUCCUCACAUGCUUGCUGAAAAAUGCGCUUGGAGGAAAUAGCAAGACGAUAAUGAUAGCUGCAAUAUCACCGGCUGACAUAAAUUACGAUGAAACGCUAUCAACCCUCAGAUUCGCUGAUCGUGCCAAAUCCAUCAAGACGAAUGCUGUUGUCAAUGAGAAUCAAACGGAACGUGUCAUGAGGGAACUACGAGAAGAAAAUGAACGCUUACAAAAGCAACUGAAAGCUGGAGGAGGAGCUGGUGGUGGUGACAGCGAAGAAAUUGAGUCAUUACGUCGUCAGCUGGAACAAAAUCAAAAAGAAAUGGCAGAACUGGAAAAGACUUGGCAAGAGAAAGUGGCCGAGGAAGCUGCAAAACAUAAUGCCUCAGCUGAGCGUUUGGCCAUCAUGAAGCAAAGACAAGAAAUUCCUCACUUGUGGAAUCUUAACGAGGAUCCAGCGCUUACAGACGUAAUCGUUCACUUUUUACCGCCAGGGGAGGUGACUAUAGGGAACAAAACGGCAGAACCUGCGCCCAUGGUGCAGCUCAAUGGACUAUCCAUCCUGCCACAGCAUGCGAUUGUGCAAAAUACAAAAAAUAAGAAGUUGAUUCUAAAAGUUUGUGAGGGAGCAGAAGUCCUUGUCAACGGGAACAGAAUCACAAAACCAAAGGAGCUUGCGCAAAACGACAGAAUAUUGUUUGGAGGAAAUCAUCUAUACGUUUUCAACAAUCCCAACAAGAGUGGAGCGCGCAAGGAUAUCACCUAUGAAGAGGCACAGAAGGAAAUUGCCAAAGGGGCUGGGAUCGGAAUUUCGUCAGAGGGUGGAAAGAGCAAAGCUGACCUCAUACUUGAAGAAGAGCUUGUUUCAAUGAUGCCAUUGGUCUACCGAGCCAAUGCUAUGGCCGUGGAACUAAAGCGAAACGUAAAAUUUGAGUUGGUGCUUGUUUCACCCGAGAUGCGAGGUCUGCAGGAGGGACUCACUGAGAUCUGGGUCAGUGUGCACAAUCUUAGUGAAGACACUAGAUUCAUGUGGGAAAAAGCAAGAUUCAUGAAUCGCUACUAUGGUAUGCAAGAGAUGUACGAGAACAAACAAGAUGGUGAAGAGUGGAACAUGCCGAAGGAGCGCGAUCCAUUCUACGAAGCACCCGACUCAAAAAGUUUCUUGGGAUCUGCUAUCGUAUUUCUGCAGCCACUUGCUUAUCUGAUGGACUCGGAAGAAACAUAUCCUAUAGUGGACUUCACAGGUGAAGAACUUGGAGAAUUGUCGGUGCAACUAUCGCCUUGUGAUUCAUCUGGUAAGGAGCUGAUUGGAGAUUACGUCAACAAUCCAAGAGAAAUAAUUGGCCAAAACUACGGUUUUAUGAUAAAAAUACAAUCCGCCAGAGGACUUCCGCGCAGGAUUGACAAGGUACUUAAGGCAAUGGCUGUUCGAAAACUUUUUUUUGUGAAAUUGAAAGAACGUAUGAAGGGACUUAUGAGUUCCUGCAAAUAUUGUUUUUUCGAAGGCAGAGAAGUUAACACAGCACUAGUAGCGGGCAAUAAUCCAUCUUAUCUGCAUGAGCAGACAUUUCAGUUCAAAUCUGUGUCAUCUGAGUUGGCAGACUACCUUCUCAACUCUAAUCUAUGGAUCACCUUAUGGGGAACACAAAGAGCUAGGCAGUUGCAUACUCAAGAUACAGGCAGAAGACCAUCGGCUACAAACGCUGAAGUAAGGCGACCGUCGAAGAAGAAAAAAUUAGUGAAAAAGGCGAAGGAAGCAGGAGAAAAUAACGAAAACAGUGAAGUAAAAAUACCGAAGAAACCAAGAGGACGUAAGGGAAGCCGGGAAAGCGAAGCGCUGAGGGUGCUAGAGAAGGCGGACGAAAUGGAAGAGAUCGACUUGAAGAAGAGUGUCGAACACAGGCCACGCAAGAAGAGCUCAUCAAAAACAAGACGACCGAAGAGAGCAACAUCGGCUGCUAUACAAUGA